AUGCCUAGCUCCGACGACAGCAGUAAAAACAUAAUAUAUAGUGGUAAAACUGAUGCCACUCUUCGGGAGAAUACAAUAACAGACUUGUUCGGAGGUCAACGAAAAUGGGAAUCGGAACACUGGACAGCAAGCGACGACCGAGUUAGAGGCGGGCGGUCGCAGUCCUACUUGAAAAUCUCAGAUGACAAGUCUACCGCCAUAUUUCACGGUGACCUUGAUAUCACGGCCCUCGGAGGUGCUGGGUUUGCAUCACAGCGUACUACAGGUUCCGCAGGCGGGCCGUGGGACCUUAGCAAGGCAAAUGGAGUCGCCAUUGGGCUCGGGGCGAUAGACGACCGGAUUUACACUCUUGUACUAAAGGAUACGAUUCUGCCAAAGAGGCCAGAUGGCAGAGAUCAGAGUACAAUCUCUUAUGAGUUUUCAUUCUCAGUUCUCGGUGCGACAAAUGAUGUACCCAGCGAGACGAAUUGCGGAGAGGCAAUUCCUCUAGUAGACCUUUCCGGGAGGCCACAUGCCUUACUGCUGCCUCAAGAAGCGGAUCCAGGCGAGAAGACAGAAGCUCCGAUGUCGAUAGUGAUAUGGAUACCGUGGAGUGCCUUUCAUCCCUACUAUCGAGGCAAGAGGAAGCCGGAAGAUGGCCCACUCGACCCACUAGAUAAGUCGAAGAUUAAACGGAUAAGCAUCAUGUGCAGAAGUAUGUUUGGGAAACAGUUCGGGCGUUUCUCAGCCCAGGUUAGGUCUAUUACUGCUUUCUCUGUUCCGGAAGUCACUUCGAUCUACUCCGGAGCACUAAUCACACCUUUAGAACGGGCCACCGGCGUUGAAGAUGCCAAAGAUACCUAUAUAUUUCAUAGAUCGCCUUCAGCAUACACAAAAUCAAUCCUUAAGACUGAUAGAGCGUCCGAGCAGAGCUUGGUAGAAAGCCUCAAGGAACUACGGGUGGAAGAAAAACAGACACAGACUUCACCUUCUAUCGGUAUUCCUCAGCAAGGCAAGUCAACCAAAUAG